GAGGUUUGAUUGGUUCCCGUGCCAAUUUGAACUGGACUUGUAUAUAAAAGUAAACCGUUAUCUGGGUCCCAACAUGUCUCAUGCUGAAGAGAGAUUUAUGUAGUCUCCCCUACUACCCAGACCAUUUGGAAGGAAAACAGUCAUUCCUUCAAAUUGGAUUAUGAAGUGACUCAGGAAUGUAGGAUGGAGCAUUCCCAUUCUUAAAUAUCUCUCCCUACCAGCAAGCGCUCUCCUGCAUAUUCCCCUCAUCCAACGACUUCCGGCCCAGCUACGAUGCGAAGCAGAUGGAAUGGAAAGGACAAGAGUCACAAGAUGAAGAAAGUUGAUGAUGUACUCCGGGGAUUCAGAGCGAAGCCCGAUGAUAUCAUUAUACCCGUAAUGGGGCUAACUGGAGUCGGGAAAAGCACUUUCAUCAACACUGCAGUCGGGAAGGUCGUGACACCUGUCGGCCAUGGCUUGCACUCAUGUACAGCCGAAAUCCAACAUGCCUUCUGUGCAUGUCCCAGCGAUCCCUCCCGCCGCGUAGUCCUCGUUGACACACCUGGUUUUGAUGAUACAUUUAUGGAUGACUCAGUGGUCUUGAGUCGCAUCGCCGUUUGGCUGGCGAGUUCGUAUGGCAAUGAUAUGAAGUUGGCUGGUGUCCUCUACAUCCAUGACAUUAGCCAACCUCGGUUGUCCGGUGUUUCGCACAACAAUCUUGAUACUUUUCGAAAGCUGUGCGGUGAACAUGCAGAGAAGAAUGUCAUUAUAGCGACCACAAAAUGGGGUGAGGUCACCCAGGAGGUGGGAGAAAGGUGCGAGCAACAACUGAAGAGCACCACCUGGAAGAAAAUGGUUGAAAAUGGAUCACAAGUCGCUCGGUUCGAUGGGUCGCGUAAAUCUGCGUGGGAUGUCAUGAUGCCCAUUCUCGCCAACAAUGCAGCUGUCGGCGCCCUCCGCAUUCAAGAGGAACUGGUUGACUUAGGAAGAAUGAUCCCAGAAACCGACGCAGGACGCGCCUUACGUGUUACAUUGAAGGGAGUGGCAGAGGCACAUAAAAGGGCCGUCGAAGAGUUGAAGAGAAAUGUCGGAGAUGACGAGCAACGGCAAAGAAUGAAGGACAACGAGAAAGAACUUCUCGAGCUCUUAACAGAGAUCCAAGAGCUCAAGGUGCCACUCGGGACGCGGAUCAAGGCUUGGUUUGGUCUUGGUUAACUCACUCCCCGCUCACUAACAUCACCCCUGCCCUCGGGCCUCUACCGCACCGUGCACGUUCCUAGAAUCAGAAACAUGCUUACUGACUUGAUG